CGUUCGCACGCUGUUGUGCGUGACACGCAGGAGCUGGGCGACCUGAGCGCGGGCCGCGUCUCCUCCGAGCACUGGCUGGAGGCCAUCAACCGGCACCUCCCCGAAGAGGCCCAGAUGGGCGAGCUCAGCGAGCUGUACAUCAUCGGCACCGCCUACUUGGGCGUCGCGGGUCGCUUCCUGGGCAAGUACGCUCGCGAGCCGGACCGGCUGCGGCUCUUCAUCGGCUGGCACGUGGCCCGGUCACUGAUGCCGCUCGCCUCGUAUGAGCUCACCAAGGAACUGCAGGCCGAGACGAGCGAGGCGCAGAUGGCCGUCACGUACCUCGAGUCGUGCAUCGGCCGCGUUUCGGAGAUGGCGCCGUUCGCGUUGGCCCACUUUUUCUUCGCCAAGUUCCUGCCGGCGGGAGCGCUCAAGACAGCCGACCGCAUGGUGAACUCGAUACGCGACUCCUCCCUGCUCGCCUUCCGCAACCUCUCCUGGAUGGAGGACUCCACGCGCAGGCAGGCCGUCAACAAGCUUUCCUCGCUGCACGAGAUCGUCGCCUUCCCCAAGGAGCUGUCAUCGGCCGAGGCGAUCGACGCCCACUACUCCUACCUGCCCAAGUUCAGGCGCCCGUUUCUGCGCACGUACACGGAAUCGCUUCGCGCCGCCCUGGCGCAGUCCAAGCCCCUUCUGCGCGGCGGCCGCGGCAACCGGUCCAUCAACCGCGAGCUGUACCUGCACGCGCAGCCCAUACCGGUGAACGCGUUCUACAUGUUCGUCUACCACGUGAUGUUCAUCAUGCCGUCCAUACAGUUCCCGCCGUACUUUGCGCGCUCCCUGCCCACGGCGGCGCGCUACGGGGGCCUAGGUCACGUGGUAGGCCACGAGAUCACGCACGUCUUCGACCCUUUCAUGGGGAACAUGGACCAGACCGGAGUAAAGGUGAACUGGUUCUCGGAGGCCUCCCGGCUGGGCUUCAUCGGGCGCCUCGAGUGCCUCGUGAAGCAGUACAGCGAGGCGUCGAGCCACUACCGCGAGCCCAGCUCGCUCACGCUGUCCGAGGACUUCGCCGACAACAGCGGCCUCGAACACACGUUCGCCGCCUACCGGCGAGCCGUGCGUCGGGGCUCCGGGGCCUCCGGGGUGGCAGGCUUCGGCAACGACCAGCUCUUCUUCCUCGCCUCGUGCCACAAGUGGUGCUCGGCGAGGGCCGAGCUCGCCUCGCCCUACUACUCGCCCAAGAACCUGCGCUGCAACGUGCCGCUCAUGAACAGCGCAGAGUUCUCCGUCGCGUACGGCUGCCCCGGCGGGGCCCCCAUGAACCCUGCCAAGAAGUGCACCUUCAAGUGA